UAAACGCACAAUGAGGAGCUUCACCUUGAUAACAGCUUUACUUCUCUGCAGCCUCAGCUCCGUCUCAGGUUCUGAGUCUCAGACUGUGAAGGUUCAGUCUGGUGAUGAAGUCACACUGACGUGCAACAACAUUUCCAGCGGUCAAACUCAGACAGACUGGUUCAGAGUGAUCAACAGAACCAAGCCCAGCUGCAUCUCCUCUAUGUACUGGUUUGAUGAUGAAGCUUCGUUCUGUGUUGGAUUUCAAAAUAGAUUUGAAAUGAGCUCCAACAUCUCCACUGUCUUUCUUAAAAUCAAGCGAGUGGAUUUUUCUGACUCUGGACUGUAUUUCUGUGGAUUCUACGUGGCCCCACAUACCGUCAUUGCCGAUGCAACACAUUUAAUCGUUCAAGGUGAUGGUGAAUCUGAUGGUGAAGUGGAUUUAAAGACUGAAAGCUGGAUCUCUGUCUCAGGUUCUGAGUCUCAGACUGUGGAGGUUCAGUCUGGUGAAGAAGUCACACUGACGUGCUUCAACAUGUCCAGCUAUGGAUCCAUGACAUCAUGGGUCAGACUGGUGGACAGAACCAAGGCCAGCUGUAUCACUGUUAUGUUCGACGCUAAGAGCGAUGUUAAAUACUGUGAUGGAGUUCAAAAUUUGAAAUUUGAAAUGAGCUCCAACAUCUCCACUCUCUUUCUCAAAAUCAAACACGUGGAUUUAUCUGACUCUGGACAGUAUUUCUGUGGAUUUUACUCAAAUGGCCGUCCAACUUUCAGUGUAAUACGUUUAAAUGUUGAAGAAAAAGGCAGCAAUGAGAUACAUGAUGACGUGGACAGCCAGUGUGAAAUGAGUGACGGAACAGCAAAGCUGACGAGUAUGAUCCUGGGCGGCCUGACUGGUUUCCUGGUAGCGGUCAUCAUCGGUCUGGUUGUUAAAGUCAGGAAGCUGCAGACAGCUGCCAGUGAAGACCAGAACUCACAACAGUAUGAGAAUGUGGACUGUGAUGAGCUGAGAGACGCAGAGCUGAGUUUGUAUUCAACAGUGAGGAAUAGGAGGCCUACCUCAGAGAGGGAAGUGGAGACUCGUGUUGUUUAUGCUGCCAGCAGAUAGACGGCUUUUAUCAUAUUAAUCUGCUGCUGUGUUCUUUGUGUUCAAAGCUUUGUGGGAAUAAAAUCUGAAAUCGAGCAUUGAACAAAUUGUGUGCUGUCAUAAAAACAUAAAAUGCAUCAGUGUUAAUUUGAUGUGAUAUUAUAUCAUGCAUGUGUGUGCAGCUUUGCUAAAUGUCUGAAUAAAAAACAAAUGUGUU